AUGACCAGCCCGGAUCCCUAUGGGAACGACAGUGCCGUGCUGUCUCUGUACAGAAAUCCUGUGAAUGACACGGAUCUCCAGUGUGACAAGCAGCAGGUCAGGCAGUUCGCCCGAGCCUUCCUCCCCGUGUUCUUCUGGCUCAUCUUCUUGGCUGGCACGGUGGGGAAUGCCCUGGUGGUGCUGGUCUAUUGCAAGUACCGCUUCCGGAGGAGCAUGACGGACCGGUACCUACUGCACCUAGCCAUUGCCGACCUGCUCCUCCUCCUCACCCUCCCGUUCUGGGCCAAGGCCGCUUCAGACGGUUGGAUCUUCAAAAACUUCAUGUGCAAAGUCGUCAACAGCAUGUAUAAGAUCAACUUCUACAGCUGCAGCUUGUUCCUCACCUGCAUCAGCUUCGACAGGUACAUCAGCAUCGUCCAGGCGACGAAAGCGAAAACUUCCAAGCCACGGCGGCUCCUGCGCAGCAAGCUCAUGUGCUGGGCCGUCUGGCUGAUGGCUGUGAGCCUGUGCAUCCCCGAGAUCAUGUACAGCCAGAGCAUGCGGGUGGGUGACGUAACCGUUUGCAAAAUCACCUACCCGCCGAACGUCAGCGGCGUCUUCAGAGUCACCGUCCUAGCCUUGAAAGUCACCAUCGGCUUCUUCCUCCCGCUCCUCGUCAUGGUGAUUUGUUAUGCCCUGAUCAUCAACACCCUCCUGCAAGCCAAAAGAUCCCAAAAGCAGAAGUCCCUGAAGAUCAUCACCACCAUCAUCACUGCCUUCCUUCUCUCCCAGUUCCCCUACAACAUCGUUUUGCUGGUCAAAGCCAUCAACAGCUACACGCGGGUGGCACACAGCUGCCAGGCCGCUGACCGGCUGGACAUCGGGCUGCAGGUCACCCAGAGCAUCGCCUUCCUCCACAGCUGCCUCAACCCCUUCCUCUACGUCUUCGCUGGGGAGCGGUUCCGGAUGGCGCUGCGCAGGAUGGUGCCGAGCGGCAGCUGGUGGCCGGGCCGGGGUCCGGAGCAGUGCUCCUCUGCCGGUGACAGCCAGGACCACAGCUCCAACUGGUCCUUCGCCAUGCUGGGCGGGCGGCGGGUGCGCAGCUCCCUGACCCUCAGCACCCACCUCACCUCCUCCAUGGCAUCCCCGCCCUGCCAAGUCCUCCUGUAA